CCUCUAAAAUGGUCGUGGGAGGAGUUUUUAGUAAGUUACUUCAAAGAUUAGCUUAGCAAAUAAAACAAAUUUAAAUGGAUAAUAAAAAUGAAGAAAAACAAGAAACGACGUCGUUCAUAAUUAAAAAAAAUUCUCUAAAAGCCAGCGAGCUCAACAACACUUUAUUUUGACAGUUAAAAAAAAAAAUGGCGGUCGUUAUGUCUCUCAACGUCCAUAAGCCCUUCUCUACUACCGAGCUUCAGUUCCAAAACCCUAGUUUCAAUUCCAUCAAAUACCAGCGUAAAAACCAAAAUCUUCAUUGCAGAUUUUUCAUCCCCCCGAAAAGUAAGAGCUAUCGUAGCCUAAUCGUCAAUGGAUUAAGCUCAGACUCGGACCAAAACACUCCACGAGAUAACGAAGUUGAUAAUGUAGGCGUUAAAGCUGCACUAUCUAUGCUUAGAUUUUACAAAAGAGAAAUCUCGCCAAUUUUGCCUAAGAGUUGUAGAUAUGUUCCAACGUGUAGUGAGUAUUCAAUGCAAGCUUAUAAGAAAUAUGGAGUUGUCAAGGGAAGCAUCUUGACUGCGUGGCGUCUCUGUCGUUGCAAUCCUCUUGGUGGGUCUGGAUUUGAUCCUCCACGGUGGUUUGAUGAGGAACAUCCACCUGAACAAUGAGACAAUAUGAUCCUAAUGCUUCCAAUUUAAAGCUUCUAGUUUGCAGAUGUGUUGACUCUGGGAUCUCAAUAUCAACCCUCAAGGGAGGAAAGAAUUAAAAAUUUGGUGCUUUGAUAUGGACCUGAAAUUUCCUUCAUUUGCUGACAUCAAUUAGUUUCAGUAUUGAAGUGUAUAGGAUUUGACUAUGGAUGGCACAACCUGAAUGAAGUUUGAGCAUGUUGCCAACAUCUUGGGUUUAUCAUCUGUAGUUGAAACUGAAAUCACAAAAUCCUCUCUGCUUUGGGAUACACUCGACUUAUAGUCUAUAUUGUGAGUCUCUUGUCUAGGUGGUUCAAUUAGACCAAGUUAGAACAUUAUUAAUCUUCACCUAAAAUGACAGUUCAGGUUGAAAUUUGACUGGUAAAAUUGUGUAUGGGAGAUUCAAGAUGCAGGCACAAUAACCCAAACACAUAAAGUUUUAUCACCAAGAUUGUGAAAAUAGCUGGAGAAGGCGGCUUUUACAACAAAUUGUGCUAUUAUUGCAUGGUAUGUUAUAUGUCAGAUGGGGGAGAGGGUGCUUUGCAACUAAGGUUUAUUCCCUUAAAGUAAAAAGUUUAUAUUGUAUUCUAUUACUGUAGAUUUUGUGCAAUAAGUAAUUCAAUCUACAAAUUCGCCCACA